GUUUUCGUCUGGGAAAAUGGAGGAGUUCGCGUGUUAUCGGUGUAUUGAAUGCAGUACAAAAGCGACUGAGCUGUACAAGGAUUAUCAACGUGGUGUGUUGCGGAUCUCUAUCUGCAAAUCCUGCCAGAAGCCAGUGGACAAAUAUAUAGAAUAUGAUCCUGUCAUCAUCUUAAUUAAUGCUAUCUUAUGCAAAGCACAAGUGUACAGACAUAUCUUGUUCAAUACAAAAAUAAAUAUUCAUGGAAAGCUUUGCAUAUUUUGUUUGCUUUGCGAGGCUUAUCUCAGGUGGCUGCAGUUACAGGAUUCAAGUCAAAGUACUGAGCCUGAUGAUUUAAUUAGAUAUGCCAAAGAAUGGGAUUUCUAUCGAAUGUUUGGAAUAACAUCUUUGGUUACUUUGAAUACUAGUCGCAAACUGUGUCUGAUGGUCAUUUUGAAUGGAUUACUUUUCGAAAAUGGCAUCAUUUACUUGUUCCAGAAAAUAGGAUGGGAUGUCUGAGAAAAACUUGUUUCCUUAGGAUGAUAGUGAAAAUAUUUUAAGCUGUAGAAAAUAUUGCCUUUCAAGUCAUUCACUUCAUCACCGGUCAGUAUUUGAUCACUCCAAACAAAGUGGUAAAGAAAUGCUGAAUGUAAAUGAAACUUUCUAUGCCAAACCAACCAAUUGACCCAUAAUAAUUUAAGAGUGAUGCACUGAUAUUUAAUUUUUAUAACAAUUUUGCUAUGUUUGAUGUGAUGGUGUUGUGCUAAAGUAAGAAUAUUGUUCUUUUAGCUGUUCUUUUUUCCUUCUGCAUUCCUUUACAUUUAAAAGAAAAAGGUAUGCGAUUGUUUUAUUAUAAAGUACAAAGAAGAAAAUUAUCAUACUAAAAAGAUGCAAAAUGACAAAACAAGAAAAAAAACCAGUUUGACUCAAAGGUGUGUUCUGAUAGCCACUCAUAAAAUAACAGUAAAGUGGCUUCACUUUGACAUUUCUGGCAGUUGUGCUACUGGAAACACUGGAAAUAUAUUUUUAUUUGUGGAGUACUCAUACUUUUAAGUUGAUAUUUAUACAUCCUCCAAGGAACAAAUAUAAUUUUAUAGACAUAUUUAUAAAUAAAGGAUUUUUUUAAUGACUAAA